AUCACUAUUGGAGAGGCAAUAGCGAUAGUUUAUAGCUCUCGCAUUGGCCCAUUAAAAAAAUUCAGCCUCUAAUAUUUCCCCCCACCCUUCUUCUUCCCUCUUCCCUCUUCCCUCUUUCUUUCUCUUUCCCUCUUCUCUUUUCCUGUCCGUGUCCUCUGACCUCCCACUCUCUCUGACCCGCCUUCUCUCCUCUCCUUUCUCUGCGACUCACUCUCUCUCCUCUCUCCUCUCUCAUCGAUCCGCCCUCCAAACGACGCCGCCUCCUCUACGACGCCGACGCCGACGCAAACGCUGGUACCCGCGAACUACAACUCUACGAUGCCAAUGCCAAUGGAUGGGUAACUAAAUUCAGCCAGCAUCGUGCAGAACAUGGUGAUUGUAAUGCUUGGGCUCCCUCAUUUGAGCGACAGCAUGGUGCCAAUGGAUGGGCCUCUGAGUUUGAGCAAGCAGGGAAAUAUUACAAUAGUAGAGCAGUCUCAAUUGACGUCAAUGGAUCAUGUGGGAAGGGUAAAUGUUGCAAACUUAGCUACUAUGGAGCAAAGUCGUAUGCUUGCUGAUACAUUAGCUCAGAACAAUGAUCCUAAAUUUUAGUUUACAGAAGAACCCUUUAAGUCCUUGAAGUGGAAAUAUGGCUUCUUUAAAUGAUAUAGCAGUUGGAGCAGCCAUAAAUAUACUCGGUGCAUUUUUUUUCUUCCUAAUAUUCGCCGUACUCUGGAUUCAACCGGUCAAUGAUAGGGUCUACUUUCCAAAGUGGUAUCUUAAAGGGUUAAGGAAUAGUUCUUUGCGCGCAGGUGCAUUCAUAAGCAAGUUUGUCAAUUCAUUACUAAAAUAAUCCCAUGGAAAGGAUAUUUGGUACUUACUAUUAUAUUAGUUUGUUUAUGACAUAGUACAUUUACAUAUAUUGCACUUACAAUUGACAUAGUACACUUACAAAUUCUUUUCAAUGAGAAUUACCAAUAAAUUGAAAUUAUAUAAUGGUAUGUUCUAAUGACUUUGGUGAGGUGAUUUAUAACAUUGAGCAUCACUUUUGGUUCUUGUGAUCGCGUUUAGGUUCAAUAGUAUAAAGUAUUAUACACAAGUUUGACAUUAUUAGCAUAUUGGUUGAUAAUUCAUAGUUAUAUUGAACUCAGUUUCAUUCUUUUGGACUAGCAUUUAUUUGAGCACAACACUUUUUUUGGUUCCCAUUCAUACUUGUAUUACUUUUGAGUACAAUAUAUUCCAUGUUAUAAUAAUUCAAGCAUUAAUUUUAGUUUUAGGUAGUGGAAUUAGUGAGGAGCAUUAGAAAAGCUUACUGUUGAGUGGACGAGGUAUAUUCUUUUAUUCUUUUUAAUAUUAUACAAGUGUAUGUUAGAGGAGUUUGAAUAUCUUAAAUAUUCAUCCAUAGUGAAGUAGAUUCUAAGAUUAUAAUUCUGUGUUGCAGUGAUAAUGGAAGGUUGAGAACUUACAUGUUUUAGUGAAGUAGGUUCUGUGAUAUAUAUAUAUAAUUGCGUGCUGGGGGAGAUAUGAGUAUGAAAAUUUGUUUCUUAUUUUAAUUGAUUGAAUUAUUUGAAUUGAUAUUGACAGAUGGUUAGGUUACAAAUAUAGGGGAAGUGCUGUCUGUUUUAAAUUUAGCAAUGAUAAUUAAAAAUAAUGGGGCAAGAGAUAAUUUUUUCUUUUUUUUUUGCUUGAAGACCUUAACUACACUAACUAAAUCAUAAAAAAUAGUAUGAAUGAUUUAGAUUAUGAAAGAUUAACUUUUUACUUUCAUUUAUAUUCAAAUAUAGCUCAAGUAGGCAUAUAUUGAAUUUGAUAAAAAAAAAAAACUAGUUUUUACAAGAGGGUCGGGGAAUUGUAGCAAAAUAGUUUUUGCAUAGGGUUCCACCGUGGGGAUGAAGAUGGCACAUAAAGGUAGGGACAAUUUGUGAAAUAGACCAAACCUUAGUGAAUUUUGAUCGAAAACUUGGCCAAAUGGGCCAAUGCUCAGUCCAAGAUCAUGAAGAUCUAAAUACUAAAUAGACUCAUAAUGAUAUUGAUAUUAGAUUUAGGAGUUUUUUGUGCUGCCAUAUUUGUUGCAUUCAUAUUUAAAUUGCUUUGAGGCUUUAGGUACCCUACUUUUGAUAUUGGUAUUAUAGGGUACAUUUGAGCUACUUUAAUCUGCCUUAACUUUCUAGUAUAUUGUUGGCUAUGUUGAUCCUUGUCAUCCCCAGUGACUCUUUGAGGCUACAAAUUGUAUAUGUUUUUUACUGGUUUGUUUUCCUUUUAUGCUUUUGUCUAGUAUCAUAAAAUAUUUUUUAAUUCAGUUUAUAGACUCUCUUUUACUUUUAUGGUCUGGUUUUUUUGGCUAGUUCAUGCUCUCUCAAGUGUGUUUUUGAGCAUGUUUGAAUUUGAGAAAUCAAUAUAUAAAUUUGAAACUGGAUUAUUGUUUCAAUGUUCUGAGGCUCUGAGACAUGUUUCAUUAUUUUGGGGCUUAAUUUAUUUCAAGUUUAAUGUAAGUUUAAAGUCUAUUUGCAUUAAUAUGAAGCUUUUAUUCUAAAGCAUAAAUGAUAUUUGCGAUUUGGUUUUUCUUAAGUAUGAGAUGUUUAUGUGCUGCCAUGUUGGUGAUUAUAGGACUUAUUGUGCUCUUAUAUUUUUAAAGGCAUUCAAAGUAUCAUAAAUGCUCAUAAUAAGUCAUUCUUUUUUCUUUAUGAAAUCCUUAUGAUGGUAAACUUGAGGAUAUUCUAUUAUUAAAUUGGGAAUUUUGUUAUACUGUUGUUGACGCGGUUCUUCGCCAACAGGUAAUUAAGAAAAUAAGAGAAAGGGAUUAGUGCUGAAUAAUUAACCGAAACAGAUGAAUGAUCUUAAAAUGGAUUAAUGACACGAAUACGUUUUUAGGUGGUUCAAUGGUUAAAAUCCUUCUACUCCACCAUCCAAUAUUAUUGCUAUAUUUUUGGUAUUUCUUAAAAGGUAUUUCGUUAUACAAUAGAAUCCAACCCCUUGCAACUCCCAGGCUCUCCAUAUUUAUAGGAGAGGACACCUGGGAGUUGGUAAGGGGUCAUCCCGUGACCUUCUUACCCAUCAUGUCACUUCUGUGACCCUUAUGAUUAAUUCCUAAAUCCUGACAAAUGAAGUGUGAUCUAAUCAAUAGGUAAGGGGGAUAAUGGGCCGCACGGCCCAACCCAGUCGUAGGUGCCUGAACACGCACGUUCAUGCUGCAUGUCUGAGAAUUCAGGGAUAUAUCAGAUACGUGAUGCUGAUAUAUGCACGCUUACAUUGCGUGGUUGACUUUAUAAAGGGUCACAGCUUCCAACUCCAGCUCGUGCCUCAAGCUGGAUGCCUUCUUGACCUUUUGUCUUCAUAUUCCUGACUCGGCCCUUAAAUAAUCUUCACUACACCAAACACCCAUUACCAUAACACAUGAUUAUAAUAGAAUUUAAAAAGAGUUAUUGUAAGUUAAAAAAUUUUCAGGCGGCAACUUAAAAUAAGGUACCGCCAAAUGACUUAGCUUUUUUUGACUUAACUUUUUUUGACUGAACUUUUUUCAACCCGUGUACCCACUUCCCCUAUACCCAUUUCCUCAAUCUUCAAUCGUUCUUCCCCUUCCUGGUCUCUCGUUCCCUUCAAUCUUCAAUCUUUCUUCAUCUUUCCGUUCGUGGUCUGUCUCUCUCGGUUUCCCGUAGACUCGGUCUCUCGGUUUCCGUUCGUAGCUUGCUCUUACAGGUCCCGUAGCUUGCUCUUGCAGGUCAGCCCUCUCUUUGUACCAAGUUCUCCUUUGCUCUAUCACUGGAGGAGCCUCUUCUAUUCUGAGAAAUACCUCAAACCCACCAGUUGUUUCACUCAUUCUCAGGUACCGGGAAAUCUCAGUUCUUGAAAUUUGCUGCAAAGUUAAGUAACAGAUCUGUUGUCACUACUGGCUUAGGAAGCACUAGUGCUGGACUCACUGUCACUACAGUCAAGGAUGGAGGAGAAUGGAUGUUGGAAGCUGGGGCCCUAGUUUUAGCAGACGGAGGACUUUGCUGCAUAGAUGAAUUUGAUAGAUAUUUGAGAUGCCCCUCAGGUUGGGGAUCGAAUUGGCAAGGAGCAUUGCAAAGGUAAUUUGCAAGAGUUGUUAAACCCUGACAAAAAAACAAGAUUUUAGUAAGAGAACAACAUCAAAUACAAAUUCAUUGGAGAUGGAUAAAAGUUGGAUCCAUCUUAACAGAGUAACGGUGGAAUAUGAGCAAAAAGCUAGAGAGUUUGUUGAGACAGUAAUGACGAAUCUUGGAUUUCCAGCCAAGAUUCUUUGUCCAUGCAACAAAUUUCACAAUCUAAGACAUCAACUUUCACACAAAGUUGUUGAACACUUAGUUUUGUGGGGCAUGGACCAAUCUUACAAAACAUGGUUUCAUCAUGGGGAAGAUCCAGUCCAACGCAGCACGACAAACACAAGUUAUGAAUAUGAUUUAUUUCGGGCAGCGGGAGUAUUUUCAAGUAACGCCAAUCAUUUUGGUGACGAUAACAAUGAUGCUGAUUUUCAGAGUUUAUUAGCGGAUGCUGAAUCUCCAUUGUAUGAAGGUUGUUCAAAGUAUACAAAAAUUUCGUCUAUCGUUGGGCUGUAUAAUCUAAAAACAAAGCAUGGAAUCUCAGAUGUUUGCUUUAGUGAGAUGUUGGAGAUGAUCAAAGAUAUGUUUCCGAAAGAUAAUCUCCUACUGACGUCAAUGUAUGCAGUUAAAAAGUUUCUAAAGAUGUUUGAUCUGAGCUAUAAGCAUAUCCAUGCUUGUGUCAACGAUUGUUGCUUGUAUACAAAAGAGAAUGCUAAUGCCCAAGUAUGUCCCACUUGUCAAUAUCCAAGAUGGAAGCAAAACGAACAGACAAAAGAGAUUCUACAAGGGCAGCCUGCAAAGGCAUUGAGAUAUUUUCCUAUUAUACCCAGGUUUCAAAGGAUGUUUAGAAAAGAAGAGACGGCUUUAAGCUUAAAAUGGCAUUCAACCAAUAAAAGAACAGACGGGAAAAUGCGGUACCUGGUAGAUUCAGUGGCUUGGGAUGCAGUUUGUGAGAGAUGGCCAGAUUUUCAACUUGAACCUAACAACCUUCGAUUAGGACUUGCUGCUGAUGGGAUCAAUCCUUACAAAAAUAUGAGUUCUACGUAUAGUUGUUGGCCUAUAAUGCUCAUUGUAUAUAAUCUGCCACCUGCGUUGUGCAUGAAGGAUGAAUUUACUUUUCUAUCUAUGUUGAUUCCUGGACCUAAACAACCCUGGAAUGACAUAGAUGUUUACUUAGAGCCCUUAAUUGAUGAGUUACUUGAAUUAUGGAAUGGUGUUUAUACAUAUGAUAUUUCUACAAAGAAGUUUUUUAUUAUAAGGGCCAUGUUGCUAUGGACCAUAAAUGAUUUUCCAGCUUAUGGAAACUUAGCUGGAUGUGCGACUAAAGGAAAGUAUGGUUGCCCUGUUUGUGGCGAGCACUCAAAUGUUGUUUGGUUGAAGCAUAGCAAAAAGAUGUCAUUUUGCAAUCAUAUUCAAUUUAUACCACAAGAACACAGUUACAGAAAGAAGAAAUAUACAAUAGCAAGGGCAAGGGAAAGAGCACCACAAUGUCCAAUUAUAUUGUCAGGUGUUGAAGUAGCUGAGCAGUUAAGCAAAGUGACUAAUGACUUUGGAAAGGGAUAAAAGAGGAGUCGUGGUAUAGACACAGAACAAAUCUGGAAGAAGCAUUCUAUUUUUUUUAGGCUGCCUUAUUGGGAAAUAUUAGUUGUUCGUCAUAACCUUGAUGUUAUGCAUGUUGAAAAGAAUGUUUGUGAAAGCAUACUUACACAUUGCUCGAUUGCAAAGGAAAAUAUAAAGAUCACUACAACUCGAGAUUAGAUUUGACAGAGAAGGGCAUUAUGCCUCAUCUCCAUCCGUAUGAAGAAAAUGGUGUUACUCGUCUUCUUGCUGCAGCUUAUACUCUAUCAAAAUUUGAUAAUAAGUUGCUUUGUGAGAGGCUAUUUGACUUGAAAUUCCCUUAUGGAUAUAGCUCUAAUAUUAGAAACUGUGUAGAUGUGGAGAAACAGAAGCUGACAGGACUUAAGUCUCAUUAUUGUCAUGUGAUUAUGCAACAACUAUUGCCUAUUGAUAUAAGGGGUUUAAUGGAAGAAGGUUGUAGAGAGACAAUUCUCUGGCUCUCUACGUUUUUUCAUGGAUUGUGUCAACGUGUGGUUGAUAAGGAGGAAAUUAUGAAAUUGGAACUAGAAGCCUUUGAAAUUUUUUGUCAACUAGAAGAAUAUUUCCCUCCUUUCUUUGAUCCAAUGAUUCACUUGGUUGUUCAUUUAGCAUGAGAAGUUAGACUUUGUGGUCCGGUGCAAUUUCGAUGGAUGUACCAUUUUGAGAGAUAUAUGAAAGUAUUGAAAGGAUUUGUAGCAAACUAUGCACGGCCAGAAGGAUGUAUUGCAAAUCGCUAUCUUGCUGUUGAAUGUGUACGCUUUUGUGAAACAUUUUUAAAGCAAAAUGAUAAUCAAGAUAGUACAUUGCUAGAAGAAAAUCCACUAUCAGCAGCAGAGUGCUUUGAGCUUGACCGAUUGAACUUGGCAGUAGCGCAUCAGUAUGUGUUGUUUAACUAGGAUAUUGUAGAACCAUUUCUCAAUGUCCAUAUGGAUGAGCUGAAAGAAAGAAACUCAAAUCUGAAUAACAAUCAAACUUUGUUGUGGAAUCGACAUUCUGAAGGGUUCCCGUUAUGGUUUUAUGAAAAGGUUGUAUUCUAUUGCCAAGAUAAAAGUUUACGUUUUGUUUUAGUGUACAAAUUUCUUACAAGUAUAUUUUUAUUUUCAGAUUUCUAACAUGAACAAAGUAGAUGACAUGUUAGCUCAAUCGGCUGAAGGUCCAAGUCGCAAUGUCACUUCCUACAAAGGGUACAUGAUUAAUGGAAUUCGAUUCCAUAAAAAAGGAGCUGAAAAAACAACUCAAAACAGCGGUGUAUACUUGGAAGCACAUGACAGUGGGCAAUUAAAUGAUAAAGAAGAAAGAAGAGUAUAUGCUUGAUUAUCGUACUUUUAAAGUGUCAUUGUUUUGGUGCGAUUGGGCGAAUAUUCGAAUGGGUGUUAAGAAGUCGAAGUUCUAUACGCUUGUAAAUUUUAAUAUAGGACAAGCUCAAUCCAUUAAGGAUCCAUUUGUAUUAGCUUCACAAGUGAAAAAAGCUUUUUAUGCAAGGGUGAAUGAGUCAAGUAAUUGGUAUAUAGCUUUAAAGGAUUCAAAUAGAGGGUAUUUUGGACUUGAAUCCAAUGAAGACAAUUGAGUUUCCUGUUGUCUCUUAUGUACUUUGAAUGAAACAAAUCUCCUUACACUUUUUGUAUGUAAUUUUCGUGUAUUAUUACUCUUUUGUUGAAUGAAACAAAUGUGGUUUUAUUACUCUCUUCGGUGAACUUUAUGAUUUUAUUUUAAUUUGAAUGAAAUAAUUCUGGUUUUAUGGUUUUGGUGUAUGUUUAUUACUCUUUGGUGAUCCGCAUUUCUGAUUUAUAUACUAUGUUAUCUUUCAUUUUAUA